AUGUUUUGUCCGGUGGCUUUAUGUGAAUGAGAGAGAAGCUGCCCAGUGAAAAGUUACCACAGCAGGACAGUGCGCUUCCUCACUUUGACACCAUAUGCCCUCAGACUCUACCAUGGAUUCCUGCCUUCGCGCGCUUUGCAUGACUUUUUUCCUCGCAUCGUUCCCCCGGAGGUCAGGUGCAAUCGGCCCGGUAAUCAAAUGCGAACCAUGUGACGCUGGAGCGCGUCUUUUGUGCAAACCUCUACCAAAGGACUGCACCGAGAAAGUCCGCGAACCGGGCUGCGGCUGCUGCUUCACUUGCGCGCUGAGCUUCGGCCAGCCGUGCGGUGUGUACACCGGGAGAUGUGGCUCCGGGCUGACAUGUCAGCAUCAGCCCGGCGAGACAAAACCUCUGCAGGCUCUGCUGGAGGGAAGGGGGAUUUGUGCAAACGCUACUAAUAAACGACCCAUCGUCAGACCAACACCUCCAGUCAACGAACUUCCAGAGACUAUUGAGACUCAGGAUGAGGAGAGGAAUUUCACCAGCUCAGGCCCCCAACCUGCAUACAGCACCCACAGACCAACAGGACCCUUAAGACCUCCACUUCACCCUCUGUUCCCCCCUGCCAAGUCAGAUGUCCUCAGACGGGAGCAGCAGAAGAGAACCCUAAGCUUUAAGAUGGAGGAGCUCCCGGGACCACUCAUCACAGACCAACAAAAUUUCUCUCUGGAGACCAAACAGGAGCCUGAGUAUGGUCCCUGUCGGAGAGAGAUUGAGGGCAUCCUCAGUAGCCUCAAGAUUACAGACAUUCUUAACCCCAGAGGUUUCAGGAUACCAAACUGUGACAAGAAGGGCUUCUAUAAGAAAAAGCAGUGCCGUCCAUCCAAAGGCAGAAAGCGAGGCUUCUGUUGGUGUGUGGACAAAUAUGGGCAGCCCUUGCCAGGUUUUGAUGGGAAGGAGCGAGGAGACGCCCAGUACUACAACUCUGAGAGCCAAUAGGAGCAGAGCAGAACGGA